AUGGCAAAUGCAAUCAAAGAGAUCGUCAGCAAAAACAAGAAACGCUACAAAGGAGAUGGAUUCGAUUUGGACCUGGCGUACAUCAAUUCCAAUAUCAUUGCAAUGGGGUAUCCCGCGGAGAAGCUGGAGGGCAUUUAUCGGAACCACAUUGAUGACGUUAUCAAGUUUCUGGAAUCAAAGCACAGUGGAAAUUACUGGAUAUACAACUUGUGCUCCGAAAGAUCAUACGAUUGUGGCAAGUUCCAUGACCGCGUUGCCACGUACGCUUUUGACGAUCACAAUCCACCGCGAAUGGAAUUGAUAAAGCCAUUUUGCCAAGAUGUGGAUUCCUGGCUUUCCAAGGAUCCCCGAAAUGUGGCUGCAGUGCAUUGCAAAGCAGGGAAAGGCAGAACGGGUGUGAUGAUCUGUUGCUAUUUACUCCACCGGGGCAUGUUCCUCUCCGCUGCUCAAGCUUUGGACUUCUACGGACAACAGCGUACUACUGACAACAGAGGCGUGACGAUUCCAAGUCAGAGGAGAUACGUGGAGUACUACGGACGACUAGUGCGAGAGCCUAGUUUGGAAUACAAACCGAGGACCGUCUACUUGGCCGCUGUCAUUCUUACUCCUGUUCCCAACUUCAACACCCAGAAUGGAUGCUGUUCCCGCCUUCACAGCUGCCACAUUGGCGGUUACAACAACAAAAUCGGCAGGAAGGGCGCCUCGUUUUUGGGUGGAGAGCAAAUCUCUGCCACGAACUUUGUUAAUCCUAUCUUCAUUAAAUUUCCCUCGUAUGGUGUUCAAUUGGUGAUCAAUCAGCUGGAUGAGGAAAAGCUGCGAGAAAUCUUCGUGUGGGACAACAUAGAGGCAAGGAAGGGAGAUGGAUGGAUUCAAUUUCUCGUCGACGAGCCCGUGCCCUUAACCGGUGAUAUUCGCGUUGAAGCCUUCAACAAAGCUUUAAUGGGGAAGCGGGAUAAAAUGUUGCGCAUCUGGUUCAACACGUUCUUCGUGGAACCGAACAAAGACGGGGACCUGAUCGUGACACGCAUUAGCUUAGACGGCGACUGGCGCAGCGCUCCUCUAGUUAAGCGCCAGGUGACGUCCCGUGUUAGUUGCAGUGACGUGGGCGCCCUCGCGACGGACGCCAAGGAGUGGAAUGGCAGCGCUAAUGGUGCCCAGGUGUUGGCGCACCGGAACUCUGAUCCAGAAGGAACGCCGAGGGCUGCCCACUUGGCCAGCUCCACGUCGUCUUGUUCGUCGACGACGUCGAGUUCUUCAGGUGCUUCGCAACAUUCGCAUGACGGGCUUCACAAGCUUGUUCGUCGUCUCAAGUCUCCAUUCGUUCAUCGUGCCAACGACGGAAGGAGUACGCAAGAAAGAGCGAGAUCAUACACAUGUCCUUUGCCGCUCUCCCCGGUCCCGGCUGGCACUGAGGGUUCCUUCAAACCGUUGCAGUGUACUUCGCCGAUCGUGGAGGGGGAAACCUGGCGCGAAGAUAAUAGCGAAGCAUCGAAGGUGGUUCCUGCUCAUCCAGAGAUAUCCAUUAUUACGCUGCCUAUAACGAAAGAGAGGAUGGACAAAGCCUGCAAGGACAGACACAACAAGAAUUUUUCCAGCGAGUUUCGGGUGACGCUGUAUUUGGCGGAAACGCAUGAAGCGGCCUCAAAAUGGCUGAAAUCCGUAUCAACUACGGGGACGGCGAUGGCAACCGGCAACAAGACCCGUGCUCUGCGAAGGUGCGACACCACAAAUUAUUGCCCGAAGGAACAACCUGCACAGCGUCAGCAAACGCGUUCCGUGUCGGUCAUAGCGGACCAGCGCCCAGCUGGCGCCACGGCGUCCAAUUGGCCAGAUUCGGACGAGCCCGUGACAGGCGAGUGGUGUAGCGACACUGCCUCUCGCUCCGACGCUCGGAUCGCCAAGAAAAAUCGUAACUCGCAAAUCAUAGAGGCGUUCCGAGAAUUUUUCUAUCGCGGCGACAGUACGCAUCUGUAA